UUUCUGUGGGGAGGCGCUUUUAUUUUUUUGGAUGAUACAAAAAGAGACAGAUGCCAAGUUAGCCGGCCGUAAGAUUUUAGCUAACUAGACAACAAGUAACUAGCUAGCUAGCUAUCUUAAGCGGUGCCUAGCUGCGGUUAAAUCUUAUAAAGUUUGCUAGUUAAUUUAGCUAGGCAGACGUUAGCUCAAAUCCAACAUGACCCAACAAGCUGCUGCUCUGCAGACUUACAACAAUGAACUUGUCAAAUGUAUUGAGGACCUGUGCUCCAAGCGAGAGGAGUUGAACAGUCAGAUCAAGCAGGAGGAAGAGGAGAAGGAACGGCUGCAGCACGACAUCCGCGUCCUUUCAGAGAAGCUGAGUCGAGUCAACGAGAGCCUGGCGCAAAGACUCGCCGCCCGCGCCACGUUCGACCGCACCAUCGCAGAGACAGAGGCUGCUUACACUAAGAUCUUGGAGAGUUCCCAGUCCCUUCUGAGCGUCCUGAAGCAGGAGGCAGGAAACCUGAGUAAAGCCACAGAGCCCCGGAGAAAGGCUCAGUAAUGCCAGUGAAAUGUCACUCAACUCUCGUUUUGACCUCAACAGCAACACUUGACUCUGCACUUUCAACUGUUUCUACUCCACUCUGGACUCACUGUAAUAGAUUUGAUUUAUUGUAAGCUUCUUAUUCUAAUAAAUGUAUUUCUUAUCACUA